CAGUCCAAGGCUGGACUGAAGACCUAAGGAAGGGGUUGUGGCUGACACAGGAAGCACAAAUUACAUCUCCCCACGUAUGUGCUCCCCCCAUAAAUGGAAGGGUGGACCCAGAAGUAGCACAUAUUGGAGCUAGCUAGAGAAAGGAGAAUAUCCUUUGGACUUUGACUGCUGUUUGAGAAGGAGUGCUGCACAGCCAGAGAGCCCCUCCACUAGCUGGUAUCUAAAGGGGCUGUGAGAAAGGAGAUGGGCUCUUAGAGUCUGUGUGAUGGGACAAGGGGAAAUGGCUUCCAGAUAACAGAGAGGAGGCUGAGACUGGAUGUAAGGGAAGAGAGAGAUGGUGGUCUGUGGAUUUCAGGCACGCUCUCUGUUUUGGAAGCGGCCCAAAAUGGCUCUUGAGGACCAUCAGCUGCAGCCGCAGCCGCUGGUGUGGGUUGAUGAAGCAACACAGUACCCUGAACUAGUUUUGUGUGUUGGAAAAAUAACCUUCGGUGAGAAAGCAAGAAAAAAGAUGCCGAAAAAUUCGAAACAAGAUCAGAAACACAUCCUUGCCUCUGCAGUGUGUGCCUUGCUAAACUGUGGAGGAGGUGUGGUAAAAGCAGAGAUAGAAAAUGAAAACUACGACUUACAGAGAGAUGAUAUUGGGCUGGAUUUACAAGACAUUUUUCGUUCUCUUCUUUUAUUUCCGGAUUCGACAAAAUACCUGGACUUUAAACAGCAGGAUAACAACCUUUUGAUUUUUAUUAAAACAUGGAACAGCGAAAAGAUAUCCUCAAUCUCUAGCUCUGCAAAGCCACGUAUCUGUAGCCUCAGUACUGGGUUGUACACAAGAAAUGGUGCUUCUCUUUCCCACGUGAUCCCUGCUGAAGCUUUGCUUUUCCUUGAAGAUAAGCAAAAUAAAGCUAGGGCAGAAUAUAGCACAGGAGCUGCUGAUGAAGACAUGCAUAUUGUAAAUAACACUGUUGCUGAAUUGUUUAAUAGGGACCAACUGCAGUGUGGAGAGACAUUGAAUUUCACAGAGUCAGGGAACAUAGAAUUUAAGCAUUUUUCCACUGAAAAGUUUUUCACUCGUGUUAAAGAGAUAUUACCUCAGUACAUCUCUGGAUUUGCAAAUGCACAUGGCGGGUAUUUGUGGAUUGGUGUGGAUGAUAACAGGGUCGUACAGGGAUUCAAAAGUGAUGAUGAGGGCCUCAAAAAAUUAAGAAACCUAAUUGAUUAUGUUUAUCAGGAAAAAUUAACCACCUUCCAUUUCUGCAAAAGUGGAUGUGAACAUCAGAUAAGGUGUGAAUACAAAAUCUUCGAAGUGUAUAAUGAGGCUGUAGAGCACUAUGGCUAUGUCUGUGCUGUGAAGGUUGAACCAUUUACUUGUGUAGUGUUUGCAGAAGAUCCGCAGUCAUGGCUGUUCGACGGAGGCACUAUCAGGAGACUGAAAGGAAAUGAAUGGGCUGCGUGGAUGACCUCUGCUGAUCCAGAUCUAUCACAACUUUCUGAGAACUUUAAGCUGGAGCUCAGUGUGACAGGGGGGCCACCCUGUGCCAAGUCAGUUUACUCACACCGGGGCCUUAACAGCCUGGAUGAUCUCUGUGAGCAACUGUUUCCAGUGAAAUCCCACAGCCUAAUACAUACUCCAGAAAAACUCAGUAAAGAUCUCUUCCAAGAGCACCCGGGGCUGAAGAGUUUAAUGGAUGAACAGUUGAAGGAUGUUUCUGAAAGAGUUGUGAUAUUUUCCAGAAGCUGGGCUGUUGAGGUUGGCCUGUCAGAAAACCAAGACAUAAUCUGUGACGCUCUCCUCGUAGCCAACGGCAGGCCACCUAUCCUCUAUACAGUAGGUAAACAUCUCUCUGAGGGUUUAUUUCACUACUCACGACGCACAGCCUGGAGGCUGAAGGAGAAAUUAGUCAACACUGGAGGUUAUACUCACAAAUUUUGUGUAAUACCAAAGCUACUGACUUUGCCUCCCAGCUCUAACUAUAGAGAAGAAUGGGAUCUGAAUGUUCAAAAACUGUAUCCUGAAAACUACACCUCAAUCGACAGCGUCAGCUUGAAAAACCUCUUGCAUUCUCUCAUCAUAGUUUUGCUGAAUUUCAAAUCUUUCUUGAGUGACUCUGUUGGCUUUGAGAUUUUGAACCUCUUGACCAUUGAACAAUUCCAGCUACUGUCAGAAAAUCUCCACAAAACUAAGAAGCUGUAUGUUUAUGGUCUACCAGGAACAGGAAAAACUAUUGUGGCCCUCAAACUCAUAGAGAAAAUAAGAAAUAUGUUUAAAUGCAAACAACAGGAGGUUCUUUACAUUUGUGAGAACAAACCUCUGAAAGAUUUUGUGAGAAAGAAGAACAUCUGCCAAGCUGUGACAAGAGUAACCUUUUUGAAGAACGAUUAUAGUUACGUGAAGCACAUAAUAAUUGAUGAAGCACAGAAUUUCCGAGAUGAGGAUGGUGAUUGGUAUGGAAAGGCAUUGGCUUUGACUUCACCAGAGCACUCUGAGCCUGGAUUUCUGUGGAUUUUCUUGGACUACUUGCAGACAACUCACUGCUUCUCCACUGGUCUUCCACCACCAAAACAGCAUGAUCCUGUGGAGAUGCUAAACAAGGUGGUUCGUAAUGCUAGCAGUAUCUAUUACAAGCUAAAGGACAUAAUGGAAGAGAUUGUAGAGAAUCCUGCCAUCGGUAAUCUGCAAGCACGUUUACGGAGGUUGGUACGUACAGCCACAUGUGCUCAUGGUGUCCAAGGCAACUUUGAAAUAGUACGUAACAAAAAAUGCUAUGAAAUAGUGGAGUAUGUGGCAAAGCAUUGUCAUCAUUAUCUUAGAAGUGGUUACUCUGAGAAAGAUAUAGCUAUUCUGUGCUACAACUCUGACGUAGUAAUGAUGUACAGUGAAAUACUGAGAGAAGCAUUGAGGAAAUCAAAAAUAUUACCAAGACAAAUGGGUGAAGGGCCUGAGGAGUGCACCGUUCUAGACAGCUUCCGUCGUUUCGCUGGCUUAGAAAGAAAGAUUGUGUUUGCUAUUAUUCCUUGUCCCCUGCCCUACCAUCAUGAGGUUUUAAAUAAUAUAUUAGUAUCUGUAGCAUCCAGGGCUAAUUUAAACAUGCACUUGUUAUAUGACCAUUGGUACGAUGAAAAAGCUCACUGUAGUACUGCUCUGAUGGAAAUCUACUGGAUAGCUCGGGAACCCAAAAUUGUAAUCUUAAUCUUAGUUAUCUUUGAUAUGUUCCUGAGGAAGUACUUUCUUAGGUACACAGAAAAAGCUCACUGUAGUACCAGUAGUACUGCUUGCAUACAAAUCUGGAGACAUUGGCAAUUCAGAACUUUUUGCUUUUUUUUAUUCAACCUUUGGCACCUUUGGCACAAGACUGUAAGGAAGUACAAUAAGUCUGUAAGGAAGUACAAGAAGACUGUAAGGAAUUACAAGAAGACUCUGGAGGCAUCUUCCUUCUUUCCUUAG